AUGAGUUCUUUCAAUAUCCUAAACAACAAAUUUAUGCAAUAGGCUAUUGAGAGAAAAUCAUUAAGAUCAAUUCAACUAAGUUAAAAAAAUCUUGAUGGAUCUAUUAAAUCAACUUGUUAUGAGAUUUGGGAUAAGAAUGAUGGUUUAGAUUCACCAAUGACACCUAAAAUCAUACUACCUAGUUUUUAUUAGCCAAAAUUCAUAAACUCAGUAAGAAAUCAAACCAUAAGACCUUCAGAAACAAAUUGA